AUGGCCGAAUCUGCCCAGUAUCAUGGCGCCCUUGUCGCUUUCGAAGGGCCCGGCGAUCUGGUCUCCACUCAACUUCGCCUCCUGCCUACAUCGACACAAAUAGCCGUGCUUCCCAGUGUGAAGGAAUACCUCGACGCCGACAACCCCGACGAGCCAUUUGAAGCGCGCAAAUUUGUCAAGAGAGUUCAUGAUGCCGUCGCCAGAAGGAGAGAGGCCGCGCUGUCGUUUCUGAAGGACUCGACACCUAAGCGCAAAAGAUUGAUCUUCAUGAACGGAGGCACACCAAGUGCGCAGACAGUCUGCAUCAGGGCCAUUUCCCGAAACGUGGUAGAUGGAGACCUCUCCAAAGCAGAGGCUAUCUUCAAUGAACUCGUCAAAGGGGGCGUCGCAGGUCUUGACCAACAUCCCGCCAGCGCGGGAGGCUCCUUUCUUGAUACAUCCGAGGAGGUCAUCGAAGAUCCCAUCACGAAAGCCAUGCGUGCAGCGGAUGCUCUCGAUCGCGAAACCGCAAGUCUCCAGCCCUCCAGCGACCUUGACCUCACCAUCCUGCCCCCUCGCCCGAGGAGCUUGAGUCUUCCCAUGUACUGCUUCGCUGACACAUAUGGCGAUACCGCGCCGUUCUACGUUUUUGGUGGACAGUACCACGAGCAAUGUGGCGGGGAUCAAGGUCAGCCAGCGGGAGGUGCCCAACCCGACUGCCCGACGCCAAGGUUGGCUAUCACGAACUUUGACGAGCUUGAGAGACGUACAGGUGGAGCGUUUGACAAGGAGGGCAACCCGAUUGCGCCAGGACCGCCUCGCUCUCCGAGUUUUGUGGGCGAGGCAUCUGACAGAGGAAUCGGAUCCUCGCCACCAUCACCUAAUCCUGGCGCGCUGGGUGUGACUACUCCUGGGUCUGAUAUGCUCAGCAUCCGAUCGACAGAGCCGAUAUUCAUUGAGCAAGCAUCACUUGUUCGCAUGAAAUCAUCCGCCUCCACCAAGACCCUGAAACGCUCCCAGUCAAACGACCAGCUUCGCCGUAACAACUCGCGGUACCGGGAUACACUGACGCGGCUGAAGUUUAAGGGGAAGAGUCUUGCGGAGAUGGUAACUGCCGAAAAGCCUGAUGACGACCGUCCUUUAUCUGUCAAUGAUCUUAUCGAAGAGGCGGAACGACGCGAGAGCAAGGUCAAGGUUCGCGAGAGUGCCAAGACUGUGUAUGUCAAACCCACCCGAAUGAACAAGGCUCUGCCGCCUCCGCCGCUUGAGGAGAAGGCUCAGAAUCACAUGCGCACCAACACCAACUAUGUUGACAGAGGAACCGACGCGCAAAAUAUCGGCAAAAGCGACAAUACUUUCCGGCCCGUGUUGCCGUUCCACGAGGACCUCAUCAUACACUUCAAAGACGACAACCCUGACCCCAUACUGGAGUACAUGAUCAAGGCAUUCAAAGAAGGUGCCUACCCAGUCGCACUACAAUCAGCGGGCUCUUCCAACACGUCUUUUGCGGACGGGUGCGCAUCAACUCCGCAUACACCAACAGUUCAAGGGGACGAGUCUCAAACGAACCUAUUUACUCCCUCAACCGCUGUGAACGUUGACGAGUACGACCCCUUCUCCUACGAUGAUGCCACACUCACCGGGAAGUCGCUUCAGUCUACUUCUCGGAGCAUGGCGGUCUCGGCCUUGCCCACACCUGCACAUACACCUCCAAUGAUGUCGGAGCCGGGGGAUAAAUUCCACGACUUCAACGCCGUGCAAGGUCAAACGGCUGUGGCCAUGCAGAACUCACUCCGGAUGGUACUCGGUAUCUACUUCCCACCCAAGGGAAGAGGAUACUCACAGUUCAGCUUUCCUCUGCUACCUGAGAUGGAUGGGCUGUGGAAGCCGAUUUUCCGCGGUACUGAGCCGGGUGAAAGCCCGAAGCAGGACAAUUGCCGAAUUGACCAGAUCUUGGCUGUCGGCGCACAGCGUGGGGUCAAGAAGACGUUCGUUUCAGGAGUGCUUAGCCAACUUGAGAAGCUGGGCACCAAGUCAAAUGGCAUUUCCCGGACAGGCCGACUUGACUUUCGAUACCUCAUUGCCAAUGCGAUGCAGUCGUUCACGGCGCAGCCCCUGGCGAACCAAACCCACGACAACCCAUUUACAAGCCCCUACUUCCUGGCCACUCUGAUUAUUCCUCACCUCGAGACGUUUUUCGCUGCCCACUCAGAAAUCCGCUUUUUGCUUCUCGACUACCCUGCUGACCAUCUAGCGACCGUUCUUGCUCUCCAAAAGCUGGUCGGGGUCGACCUAAUGAAAGUUGCCCAAGUCAUUGAUGCUGCGGCCAAAGAGCCACUUCCCUUUACUCAUGUACGCGGCAGUUCCUCGGGACGUGUCUCUACGAGAAGUGAAUUUGCCUCGAGCUCAAGCUCGCUUCAGUCGAAGGAGUCCAAGUCUGCCACGUCUGCAUCCUCGCGAGACGGACUGGCAGUCUCAAAGGCCAAUCUUCUUCUUACGUCGACUGCAACCGACGUCGAGGUCGCCACCUUCAUCUCCACCGUCCGGAAGAUUCUUAUCAACACAUCCAAGUUCUACCUGCCUGACAAAGGAUCAAAGAACCUGGGCAAGCUGCGAACGACCAACCCCUUGCCUGUCUCACAACAAGGCGUCAGUCCUCCGAUAUCGCCCCUCACUCCCAGGAGUAGGAGGCACAACAGGACGGCAAGCUCCGUCAGGUCUUCGCCCAGGACCUCCUCCGUCGCGGAGAACAUCAUGGUCCGCCGCCUCAAGUCGCGAGGCGAUAAGAAGUCUGGUUUGGGUGAUGAAGGGUCCAUCAUGACCGUCGAUAUGGAAUUCGAGAGCGAUCUAGACCUCGAGGAAAGACGUUUGAUGCCCAUGUUCCUCAAGAAGAGCAACAACCGCAAGGGCAACAGCCGCAAGGCUUUGAAGUUCCUGGGAUUGGCAUGA